CUGGCCAGGACCGUGGUGGUCGUGUAUGCCACACCUUUCACUGUAACACCACCUACGCGGACUUCCCUUUCCACCUUCACCGUUACUUCCUAUUCGCUUCUCCAGAACACUGUAAACAAAGCAAUCUUGAAAUGAUCACUAACCUACAAAUUCAACCAUUUUUAACAAGUUACAGUGCAAUGUUAAAACUGAACGGUCAUUAACAGCGACUCAUACUAUGAAACAAUUAACGAAGUAGCAAGACUUCCAAAAGAUCACAAAAUUUAUAAAUGACAAUAACCCAUGUUAUGGCAAGCCCUGUGACUUUUAUUUUGGAAAAAUAAUAGAAUAUUUCUGGUGUGUUUGCGUGUUGGGAAAAGAAAACGUUCCUGGCUGCAACGAUGCUGGUGGCAACUGCGUCCUCGGGAUAAAGAGGAUUGAGUACACAAAGAGAAAUUGUGGUACAAUAAAUAUGACUUGUAGAGCUUAAACAGUAAAAAGAAUCUCGUGAUCUACGCUUCGAACCAAAGCACGAGAUACAUCUAUUUAGACCCAGAUGCUAAUUGUCUCCCGGGAUACAUAUCAGGGAAGAGAGUGUGCGUUUUAAAUUGACUCUUCAGUCCACUGCUGCUAUAAUAUGGGUGUGGCGAACCCUUAUCAUCAAGCUUUGACUAACUUAAGGCAUAAAGCAUAUACAAACACAUGGAAUAGUACUGAGAACGUGAGGAUGAGAACGAUGAGUCUCGCUGGAACCAAAGAAUUAAGAUAAUCACCGUAGAUGUAAAUUUUUGUUUGUCCAAUGAUAAGACGAAUGCAGCUUGGUGUCAUGAACACCGAAAGUUCCAAGUGUAAAUUCUUAGAGUAGAUGAGCAAGCCCAGAGCAAACUAGCCAGGAAUACAGAGAUAUAGUAAGGUCAGAGUACACGGGUACGGCUGUUGUUUAAUUGAGUCUAACAACAGAAUUGUUCUGUUAAAUAUGGCUUGAGUUUUAGAUUAUUUUGAUUAUAAAUGCAAAACAAAAUUACCGGCAAAUUAUCACAAGAAUUAAGGAAUAUCUGUUUUUAUGGGAAAUAAAAUGCUGGAUAUUUACUGUGAUAUAAUACUGAGGUUACAUACUUAGUAGAAAAAAAAUCACUAUUGUAUGGCGUAAAAAUCUUGCUGGUGAGCGUAAGAAACACAGAGAACUGGAAGUUAGAAACUCAGAUGAGUCACAGGGAUGUUAGGAAGUAUUUUUUCAGCCUUAGAUUUGUCAGGAAGUGGAACAAUCUAGUGAGUGAUGUAGUGGAGGUAGGAUCCAUAUAUAGUUUUAAGAAGAGGCACGGAAAGGCACUUAGAGCAGAGAGAGUGGACCUAGUAGCGACUAACCAAGAGCUGUGAAUCGACCCCUACAGCCACAAACGGGUAGACACACACACAUACACAAAAAAAUGGAUUCCAAAGUAGAUAUAGCAGAACCCGAAGAGACAGGGAAUAAAAGAGCAGAGCAGUCAGCUGAAGCACAAAGUGGAGUCCAAGAACUGGAGCACAACUUCCACAGACACAACUAGUUGUCUUACCCAGUGUAUAAGACAACAUAUAUUUUCUAAGGAGCCACAAAAGAUGAGAGUGAUUAAGUAUGGCCUCAUGCUGGCCUUCUUCCUCAGUACUCCCAGGACGGUCGUCGCCACGACAGGGACCAACUGCACUUGUCUCACCCGGAUGAUCCACGAUGUCAUUACUACACACGCCUGGUCUAGUGUCACCUUCGUCUACACUCACGGUGAAGGGGUGUCGACCCCGGCGUGUCUGCUGAGCAGGGGUGGCCUACUGCUGAGGUUGUGGUCGGAGGGAAGGUUGAGCGGCACUACCCCAUACAACAUCCACCACCACAAUACUCUGCUUAACCACAACAAUUUCGUCCUUGUUUAUGACAAUCUCACGAAAGAUAUUCUGGAUGAGGCGAGCGCCAAUGGGGUGCUGGAGAGUAGUGCGUGGUUGGUGCUGCUGGACGAAACAAGAAUAGAUACUCUACUUAAUCAAGCUAGCACCCUUAACCUCUUCAUCGACUCUACCUUUCUCAUAGCUACCUUCAGCACUUGCCAAGCCCAGCAGGUGCAGAGUGUUUACCGUGUGGGGCCGAAGAGUGGGCUGGUGUUGGAGACUAGCGGAGAGUGGAGGCCGGCUAGUGGAUACGUAGUCACUUCAACGCUCAACAAAUAUGACAGACGCAGCAACUUCCAAGGGUACCCAAUGCAUGGCGUUGGUGUAAAAGUGUUUGACUUCUUCUCCACCUUCCUACCGGAUGAUGGUAUCACUGGUUACGUUGGUGACAUUCUCACUAUCCUUAAGAGAGCUCACAACUUCACGCUGAGUUACACCAUCCUGGAGGGCUACGCCUACGGGAAGUUAGUCUCACCAACGAGCACUGAGUGGACAGGCAUGGUCGGAGAACUGCAGAGAGGUCUUGCUGAUCUCACUGUUUCCGAACUCUCCAUUACUAAGGAGAGAAGUGAUGUUAUUGCCUACACCCAGCCCGUAUAUAUAAUCAGCCGAAGAAUGUACGUAUCAACGCAGAAAGAUUUCCUCAAAACAAUGCUGGCCUACGCUACCCCUAUGGACACACUGGUGUAUGUUUGUGUUUUCGCCUCCCUGGUUGCGAUGGCCUUGGCUCUGCAUCUCAUAGAGCGUCUGAGGCUGUGGUUCCUUCCCUCGAGAGAUGAGCCCGUGGGUUUGUCAGUGGCUGCCUGGUACAUGGUGUCGGCACUCCUGCAGCAAGGUUGCGACACUAGCCCUUCCAGCAUAGCUGGCCGCAUCAUCUUCUGGGUGGGGUUUAUGGUGCCUCUGAUCGUAUAUUCAUCCUACUCGGCCACGCUGGUGUCGAACCUGGCCGUCGAGAAGCCAGCGCCCCUUCCCUUUUCCAACCUUCUACAGCUGUCACGCCAGAAGAACUGGGAUGCCGGCGUCAACAACAACGACCUGUUUCAAGUCACAGCUUCGCAAACGUGUGUGGGGUCACCGGCGGAGGAAUGUCGUGUGAUGCGGGAUGUGUGGAGCAACGUAGUGAUGCGUAACCCUGGCAACAUCGUCAACUCUUACAGCCAGGGGCUCGAGAAGGUCCUUAACGGUAAAUACGUCUUCAUAGGCGUCGACGUUGCAACCAACUACUACAUACGUCAGCUGGCGACCCAGGAGGCGUGUAGGGUGAAGGAGCUGCCUGGCAAGUACCUUAUGGGUGGGGUCGCUAUAGGUCUGCAGCACAACUCUCCCUUCAGGCGGAUCUUCGACCAUAGUCUGCAGAGGAUGAGAGAGGUGGGCCUGUUGAACCGUCUGGCUCUCACAUGGCUGAAGACAGAACGCUCCUGUACCCCCGGCAACACAGUCUCUGCAAGUAUGCUUGAACUCUCAGCUAUGUUCAUUCUUCUCAUCAUGGGACUGGCUGCUAGUCUUCUAGUCCUCGCUGCAGAACUUACGAUUUCAAGAUCUACGACACGGAAUCCUACUAACAAAAUGACGUGAAGACUGAUUUACUUAUCUCGUCUCGACUUACAGCAUCAUACAGUCAUAAUAUGGAAAAAAAAAAGAAAAUAUUUCAGGCUAGUAUUCCUAUGCUGUAUCAAAAAUACUUAAUACUUAGAAAAAAUAUUAAUUGCGCUAUACAUACGGGGUGAUACGGUGAUAAAUGCUGAGUCACACUACCAUUAAGGCGGAGUUAGUUAAAUAAGAAUUUGCAAUUCCCAGUGAAGGGGGAUCAUGGCCACUAUUCCUUGUAUUUUUUUUAAUCCGUUUGCCUAACUAAUGUUAUCAUGUGCAAAAGCAUGGAAGUAACGGUAGCAAGUAGCAGUAUAGUUCAGCAUUUACAGUUACUAUAUUUCAUAGGUAUGCAGGGAGUAGAAUGAAUCUACAAGAGGAAAAUUAUUUAGCUGUAAUAUUACAAACAAGUGACCAACUCGUGUACAGAUGCCAUCACUGAGAAUGUGUGUCGACGACCAAGUCAGGUUCUUGUACAGCUGUUGACGACGAAGCCAGGUUCUUACACAGCUGUCGACGACAAAACCAGGUUCUUGCACAGCUGUCGACGACAAAGCCAGGUUCUUACACAGCUGUCGACAACAAAACCAGGUUCUUGCACAGCUGUCGACGACGAAGCCAGGUUCUUACACAGCUGUCGACGACGAAGCCAGGUUCUUGCACUUUGUGCCAUUACGAUGGCAAACACUUCAGUUUCUAAUGUAUAAGCCCAACUAAUUCUUAUGCCUAAUUCAACAUAGAUGUCAUAGUUCUUGCCUAGGGAGGUGGCAACAAGUGCAGUUGCAGCCCUGCCAGUAGACUCCUGCUGGAGGCUUCUUGGGAAGGGCUUUUAUAAGAUAUUAUAUGACUACUCUGCACUCUGUUGACUAACGCCCACAGGAUGGGUAUGGGGUGUAUAACAAAGAUAUUAAAUUUUAAC